AUGCGGCCUUUCUUCUCCAUUCCAGUGGUCCCGUCACUGGUCGUCUUACUCAACCUUACAUCGAUUGUCUUCGCAACCCCACUGUCACUAGAGAACGUCGAAGAAAGCGAACUUGAGAAGCGGUCAUGCUCGAAUCCCUGUGGCUUUUAUUCUCAGCUUUGUUGCGCCACUGGCGAGACUUGCACCACAACAAGCGGAAAUCAGGCAAAGUGCGUCUCGGGCUCCUCUGGUUCAGGCGGCGAAUGGGAAUACUAUACAACAACAUACAUCGUGACCGAAACCGAUCAAUCUACCAUCACAUCAGUCUGGAGCAGCCGUGCCGCCGCCGCGACUACCUCAUCAGGAACUUGCAGAAUAGACCUGGGCGAGACUAAGUGCGGCAGCACUUGCUGCGACGCAGCCCAGGAGUGUUCAAAUGGUGAGUGUAUUGCAGAAAGCUCUUCGGCAGCAGUGGCUACUGGCACAGAAGCUACUGGAGAGGCCACGCCUGGCGUCCGAGGAACUAGCGUAUCUACUGCGACGGAGACCUCAGAACCCACCACCACCGAAGCAUUCACCGCGCCAGUGGGAACAAAUGGCGCCGAUUUGAUCGGAGCCAAGGCAGCGGGAGAUAAAGGAGGAUUGAGUGGUGGAGCUAUUGCGGGUAUCGUCAUCGGCACAAUUGCAGGUAUUGUUCUGCUGCUCCUUUUGUGCGGUUGCCUGUGCUUUAAGGGUGCUCUCGAUGGCCUUCUUGCGGCUCUUGGUAUUCGCAAGCGCCGCAGAAACGAUACCACUGUCGUCGAAGAACGCUACUCUCAUCACUCCGGCAGUCGACCUCGACCUCGACCUUCGGGUGGCAGGACCUGGUUUGGUACCCGACCCCCAGCAGCCUCCGAUAGUGAGCUCAGCGAGAAGAAGAAGUCCAAAUGGAGCGGCUGGGGUACGGUUGCUAUUGUCCUUGGAGCGCUUGCUCUGUGUCUGGGACUGAAGAGACACAAGGACCAGGAGCAUGAUGAUGAUCGGUCCUCUUACACCUACCCAAGCUCCUAUUAUUACUCGGAUACAUACACAUACUCUGGCAGUAAGUUCUCGAGCCUUGAGGAUUGA